CAAACACUCUUUCCCAGUAGUAGGAGUUGUUAGCAUUUUGAAAGAAUAGCAAUGGCUCUUUUUCUUCCUCAACAUUCCUCACCCCUCUCUCUCUUUACUAUUGUAGCUCUCUUUCUACUCUCGCACACAUGCUUAGGCUUCCACCCUAAGCAUCUAAAUUUCUCAGCCGGUCACAGUAAGCAUAAGGUCUCAGCCGUUGAAUCCAAUUGGUCCCCGGCCGGUGCUACGUGGUAUGGGAGCCCUAAUGGAUUCGGAUCUGAUGGUGGAGCAUGUGGGUAUCAAAAUGCAGUGGCGCAAGCUCCUUUCUCCUCUAUGGUGUCAGCUGGUGGACCUUCUCUAUUUAAGUCUGGGAAGGGAUGUGGAGCUUGUUAUCAGGUGAAAUGCACCAGUAAUUCUGCAUGUUCAGGGAACCCAGUGACGGUUGUGAUUACCGAUGAGUGCCCUGGUUGUCUUUCGGAGUCUGUCCAUUUCGAUCUAAGUGGGACUGCUUUCGGUGCCAUGGCGAUUUCGGGCCAAGCUGAUCAACUACGCAAUGCAGGAACACUGCAGAUACAGUAUGAAAGAGUUGCAUGCAACUACCCAGGCAAGAACUUGGUCUUCCACGUCGAUGCGGGCUCCAACCCAAACUACUUUGCAGUUGUGGUUGAAUUCGAAGACGGAGAUGGUGAUCUCAAUGGCCUUGAUCUUAAGCAGGCAUCAGCGACCACAUCCUCAUCAAACUCAGACCCAUGGAUUUCCAUGCAACAGUCGUGGGGUGCCGACUGGAAGUUAAACUCAGGUGCGGCAUUGCAGCCUCCCUUCUCUCUGCGGCUGACGUCAGAAUCCGGCAAGACACUCGUCGCCAGCAAUGUAAUCCCUAAAAAUUGGCAGCCUGGUGCAACUUACCGCUCCUUUGUUAACUACAAAACCUAGAAUCAUGUGAUAAUAUAAUUAUUACUAAUAAUCAGUGGACUUUUGUUUCUCU